UCCGUUUGUAAUCCCCCAGGCUGCAAUUGCAAGAGGCAUAAACCCCAAACACCCACUUAUCAGAUGUGAAUAAUGUAGGCUGCUUUGGAACAAGGUGUUGUUGUUUUUUUUACCUGAUGUGUUGCUUCUGAUAUAUUUAUUUCCUUCCAUUUCCUCUUCUGCCUCCUUGAGCUGAAAAACAACAACAAAACCAAGUAGCAUAAAUUGCUUCUUCUUAAGCUCAUGCCCAGGGCCAGCCCAAGACAUUUUGCAAAUUGAAGCAAAGAACAAGAAAGCACCACUUCACAUUCCAUGUACAAAAGCUGAUCUGACUGGCAAUUCAAUUUUUCUUCAACACUGGUGAUGGGAGCACAUUUUCAGCUGCUUGAGCCCAGGAAGCUUCUCUUCGACUCCUCCCUACCACCAUUAUGUCUUCUGAAGAAGGAAAGCUGUUUGUUGGGGGGCUGAAUUUUGACACUGAUGAGCAAGGCCUGGAGCAGCAUUUCAGCUCUUCUGGACCCAUUUCUGAAGUUGUUGUGAUCAAGGAUAAAGAGACCCAGAGAUCAAGAGGCACUGGCUUUAUCACCUUUGCCAAUCCUGAACAUGCAUCAGAUGCCAUGAGAGCCAUGAAUGUAGAGUCUGUAGAUGGGUGUCAGAUAAGAGUUGAUCACACAGGGAAGUCUUCCCGUGGAUCUAGAGGUGGCUACUUUGGAGGCAGGGGGCGAGGCUGUGGUUAUUCCAGAGGGGGUGGAGACAGAAGCUAUGGUGGGCGAUACGACAACAGAAGUGGAGGCUACAGCGGUUCCCGGGACUACGGCAGUCAGGGGGGUUAUAACGAUCGCUACUCUUCAGGAGGCUCUUACAGAGACAACUAUGACAACUGAGCCCACACUGAGUAAGAAUCCUUCCUGAAUCAAGAUCGUCCUUCCAAUGGCCAUAUUUAUAAAGAUUUUUGGAGCUUCGCUGAAUCUUAUUUAGUUACCUACUUGUAUCUUCCCCCAUAUAACUUUUGUCACAUGCAGACUGAAAGCUUCCUUUACAAGAUGGCCUGUUUAGACUUUGCUCAAGAGUUGGUUUUUUCAAGAGUGGUUUUUUAAAGCAUUUUUGAAAUCGGUUUUAUUUGUCUUGCUUUCUCAAUCCAAGGUUUGUUUUAACGUGACACAUGGGGCCCUACAACUUUAAACAGCUGGAAGCUGAGCAAAGCUUCUUUUCUUUUUUUUGAAAUAGUGCAAUGCACUUGAGUUCAACUCUUAGCAUAGUAAGGGAGGGCAACAAAUGCAAACCACCUUGGUAUUAAACGAUUCACGCUGGUUUAGUAAAAAGCUGUUUUACUGUAAAAAGUAAAUCCAGAAAUCAAAACUGAACACUUUGAGAGGUUCUUGAAAAUGUUUGUUUAUAUUGUCCUUUUUUUUUACUGAAAGAAACGUGCAUAAUUCAAUUGACAUUGUAUUUGAAGUGGAUAAGGAAGUUCCUGUACUGAGUUUUUGGCUUUACGAAGCCCAUUAAAAUCCCAUCUGAAACAAAAAAACAAAAAAA